CCCCUUGAACCAACCAGACAGGCUUCAACAUAACCCCCUCCUCGCCCCCACAAACAACCACGUCUAUCUUCUUCUCCUCCGUCUCGGGAGCUUUCUCCCACACGUUGUUUGGAUUCUUCGUCUCCUCCUCCGAAGACCAGCCAACAACCAUGUCCACCAUGUGGUCAACGCCACGUCUGAACAAGAACGCCACAGCCAACAACGGCAACGCUGAGAACAACGGAGUCACGGUCGUUGCUUACUCCUCCUCGUCUCCCCUGCCUUUCUCGGCGCUCUCUCCCCUCCCCACCGCUCCCUCGACCUCGAUCAAGUCCAUGGACGACAUCUGGAAGGACAUCAACCUCGGCUUCCUCAAGGACCCUCCCGACCACCGCCAGCCCCCCGCCCCCGCCGCCAUCUCCACCUCCAUCAACGGCGUCGGCCUCGGCUUCCAGGGCACCGUCCUCACCAACUUCUUGGCUGGCCCCGCCAGGGAUUACCCGCCGCGAGGAUCCGGCUUCGGCUCCGACGUCCCGACUACCAGAUUGAGCCUGAACAGCUCGGAGGCUGAUGCGCAGGGUGUUGCUGCUGCAGGACAAGUUCAAGGGCCGUGCGGUCGCGGCGGCGGUGUUGGCGCUGAUUCGCCUCCUUUGGUUCCAAGGUUUUCUUCUUUGUGUGGGAAGGGGAGCUCUAACAAUGGUGACCGUAACGAUCCACGCGAUCGCAAGUUCAAGCGCUUGGUCAAGAACAGAGAGUCCGCCGCCCGUUCCAGAGCCAGAAGACAGGCGUACACAACGGGGCUGGAAAUUGAGAUCGCCCAUUUGCAGAAAGAGAAUGCUAACCUCAGAAGACAGCAAGAAAAGCUUCGCUUGGCGCCUCCUCCUGACAUUCCGAAGAAGAAGAGACUCCAGAGAACCUUCACAGCCCCAUUUUAAGAAGACGUGGCAGUCUCUCUCUCGCUCUCAUACAAACACUGCUACUUUCAUUUUGAAUCUCACCGGACAUCUCCAGGUAGAGAGAGACAGGGAGAAACGGGAAGAGGUUUGAAGGGAUCUUCUUCCUCGUAGACACGUCCCAAUCAAGUAGCUGCAGAAAAGAGAAGGUACAAGAUCCUCUGGAUGCCCAAAGAAAUGUAGGGGACCCAUGAAGUUUCUCUCCUUCUUCUUCUUCUUCUUUUUUGAACCGAAAAAAAAGUUAUCUAUCCCUGUCUCUUUUUUUCUUUUUGUCCUUGCGCAAGAGAGAUGCUGAUGAUGUAGGAGGAAAAAAUUGUUAAUUGAUUGAUAAAUAAAAAAAAUUCAGAUGCUUAGGUUA